UGCUAGCCUACCAUUCUCAAUCAUCUGCAGGACUUUGAUCGGUGUUGUUCCUGGAUGCAGUGUUUGUCUGUGAUAGUGCAGGAGAGUUUACUUUUCUGGUUAGAAGCGCUUUUUUAACUGUGAGACUUGCCUGUUGGUAUUAGGUACUGCUGGCCCUGCAGCCCAAUGAUGGCAAGGUGCUGUUAUCUUGUGCUAGUGGCUGCUGUGUGCCUGGGUGUCAUCAUCCCAGUCUGGUCCAGAGGUGGCAGGCGCUUUCGCAACACAUACGGAGAGGAGCACUUCAAACGACAGGAGUUCAUUGAGUUGCCGUCCGAGACACCGUUUUACUCUUGGUCGAAGGGAGAGGCUUCAAAGUCUUAUUUGACCAAUGCCUCCAUUGUAUUCCAAGAUGAGUUCACGGAGUUUGACUUGGAAGUCUGGCAACCGGAGAUCACCUUGUCUGGUGGUGGGAACUGGCAAUUUGACUGGGCCUACAACAAUCGCUCAAACACCUAUGUGAGAGAUGGAGUUCUCUACCUGAAGCCAACAUUCACAUCAGAUUACAUUGGAGAGGCCGCGGUGGAGUCGGGCUUUGACCUGGACGUCUGGGGUGGCUCACCGGCCGACUAUUGUACAGGAAACGAGUUCUACGGGUGCGAGCGUACAAGUGGUGCUGGUGGUAACUUUCUCAACCCAAUUCAAUCAAUGGCUUUGCGAACUGUCCACUCAUUCAAUUUCAAAUAUGGACGCAUGGAGAUCCGUGCCAAGCUUCCCAAGGGGGAUUGGAUCUGGCCGGCCAUCUGGCUGCUGCCCACCUCCAAUCAGUACGGUGGCUGGCCUGCCAGUGGCGAGAUUGACAUCAUGGAGUCGCGCGGCAAUCCGGCCAGCUAUGCGGCGGGUGGUGUGAACACGUUUGGCUCCACUCUCCACUUUGGACCUCACUGGCCAGCGGAUGCUUACUUAAAGGCCCACGCCGAGGCCAAGGCACCAGCAGGACACGACUUCAGCGAGGACUUUCACGUGUUUGGUCUGAUUUGGAACGAGACGUACCUUGGCACGUACUUGGAUCACCCAAGUCAGCCCAUUCUGGAGCUGCCGAUCAAGGAGUCAUUUUGGUCCCUUGGUGGCUAUGACAAGAGCAAGUUUGACAAUCCGUGGGCUGGCCGUGGGAAGAACGCACCGUUCGACCAGAAGUUCUAUUUGAUUUUCGACAUGGCUUGUGGCGGCACAAACGGAUAUUUCCCGGACGGGCAGGGUGGCAAGCCGUGGACAGAUAAAAGUGAGCAUGCUGUCAAUGAGUUCUGGGGCGGCCGAUCCGCAUGGCAAUCAACCUGGAAGGGAGAGGAUGUUGCCAUGCAGAUAGACUAUGUUCGUGUCUAUGAUCGCUGAGCCGCUCGGAAUGGAAAGCCCCAUGGCGUUGUGCCGGACACGGCUAUUUCUGCCAAACCUUUGACUGCAGUUUUGAAAUGGUUUAUUUUCUCUUUCCCCGCAUCAUCCCAACGUUGUGUUGCUCUAUGCUGAUCUCAAAUCAGUGCUGUUGGUGCUAUUCAUAAUUGGAUCUUAUCUUUCACCGUAUUCUGGAAGUACUUUGACCUUA